UUGAGUCGGGGACAGCUCCCUGCAGCUAAGGAUUAUCCAGGCUGGGAGGUCCUGGUCUAUACCGUCCUGCCUCAUGUGGGUAAUGUCUACACAGCGCUGGUUUUCAAAAGCAAAUAGAGAGGUUCUUUCUUGGCUGAUGGGAACAUCCGUGCCCCCGUCUGGCUCUGGCUCCACUGACCAGCCUGCCUGCUCCCGUGGUUCCCAGUGUCCCGCACUUGGGGCUGGCAGCUGUGCACUGAGGUGACGUGGCCGGCGGCCGGUCAGCCCUACCUGCUCUCCGUGCCUGUGUUCGCGGCUGUGAUGCUGAAGAAGCAGGACCGGGGGCUCCAUCAGUAUCGUCUGGAAGCCGCCUACACCCUCCACCCCCAGAAGGACCACUGGCUCCCCCAGGAAGCCUCAGCCCACCUCUUCAUGGGCACGCCCAGGUCAGAAGUGCCCCGGGACGUUGGGGUAGACGUCAGCUACAGCUGGCCCCGGAGGACGUUCCGGCUCAAGCUCCUCCAUCCCAAGAAGAAAAUUGAGCUGGACGGAAAGCUCGAGACCCUCCAGGAUGCUCACAUGGGUCACCUGGAACUCAUCCUGGACGACAGGCAUGUCUACUACAUCAAGGGCCGGAGCAACCUGUGGCCAGCAGCGGGUGGUGAGGCCCAGCGGUUCGAGGCCCAGCUGGAGGUGAAACUGGUGACAGCAGGCAGCCCUGUGGUCCUGGCCGGGAACCUCAGCCGGCAGGUGGGCCGCAGGUUGGCCUUCUCCGUAUCCCUGAGCAACUUGCUGAGUGACCGGGCCCACGUGUCAGCGCUGCUGGAGAAGAAGGCAGAGCACGGGGUGCAGGUGGUGGCCCUGGGCGGCGAGCUCCUCCUGCCUGGGCUAGUGGGGCUGCGGGCCCUGGGCCGCCUGCAGCAGCGGGGCCGCCUCUGGACCAGCUCCCUGAGGAUCAAGUACGGCCUCCUGGGUCACGCAAAGCAGCUGGCGCAGGAGUGCAGCACCAGCCAGAGGCUGCAGGCAGAGAGCGGCCCAGAGGCCGCCUACAAGCUGGAGCUGGACCACGAGCUUCACUGCACACAGAUCCCGGCAUGCAGCCACAAGGUCCGGCUCCAGCACGAGGAGGGCUCUGGCCACCUGCACUCGCAGCUGGAGGCGAGCUACGGCAGGCACUGGGGUGACAGCAGCAACAAGAGGCGCCUCCGAAUCAGCCAGACCUUCCAGAACGACUCGGGCCCAGCCCUGAGCAAGUACUUCAUGGAGUUUGUGCUGCAGGUGCCCGAAAGGCAGGUGGAUUACCGUAUGCAGCUGCACCACCUGAGCCUCCGCUGGCCCCACGUGGAGAGCAGCACACACCUGAAGGUGCAGGACAAUGGGCGGCUACCCUUGGUGGCAGGCUUGCAGUGGAAGGACACAUCCAGGGCCACUCUGUGGAAGUGGGAAGGAGCCUUGAACUUGGAUAGUCCGUGGCUGAUGGUCUCCAUGGCUCACAGGCUGUACUGGCCCCACCGAGCCACGUUCCAGGCUGUGUUGGAGCUGACACUGGGCAAAGCCUGGACCCUCAAGAAUUUGGUGAUGAACGUGGCCUGCAGGAGCCAGGGCCUCUACAGGGCGGGCAAGAUCCACAUCUACACCCCCGCCACCACCUACCUCCGGGUUUCCACAGUGACAGCUUUGGCACAGAGCCUCUUUCACAGCCGGAGUGAAGUGGAAUCGGCCUGGAGUGCAGCCCUGCACAGUGAGAUCCAUGCUGAGAACAGCCAGGACCGUAAGAUCCUCCACUGCUGGUUGAAGGGUCCCCAGCGGGAGCUGAACCUCACAGCGGCCUACAGGCAUGUGGAGCUGCCCUGGAAGAGCCACUUGUCGCUGACGGCUCUGGGGGCCAGUGCCGGGGGCCAGCCUCAGGGCCUGCAGGUGGAGGGUGAGCUGGAGGAGCUGACGCGGGACAGGAGGUCGUACCAGAAGCGGGGCACCUUCCUCCUAAGGCACCUGCUGACUCUGCCCAUCCCCCAGAGCAUCCUCCUGCAGGAGACCUUCGUGGCAGACGGGCAGCUCCAGCGUUACUCCCUGGAGACGAGGGUCGUACUGGAUGGCCAGGAGGAGACCCUGCAGACCGUAGUCCUGGGCUACCAGGCUGGGCACCCCUAUGUCUGUGCUGGCCUGACCCACCCGUACAAUGGCACGGCUGUCCCCAGGAACUUGGAGGGGUGCGUGGUCACUUGGAAUCAGCACGUGGCUAAGAACAGGGACAUCGAAGCCACUCUGAAAGUCAACCAGAAAGUCUUGCUGCACUUGAAGGGUCUGCAUCACGACAGAUCUCAGCGCGGGGACAUCUGGCACAGCCUGGCCCUCGAUGUGGCUCACUCCUUCCAGCUGAGGUUCCCCCAGGCCCUGAGUUUGGAUGCAGACGUUGUCCUCAGACGGAGUCCCCAGGGAGCAUUUGACUGCCGUGUGGACGCCCAGGCUGCAGUGGACCACAAUGUCACAUCCCAGGUCUCAGUCCGGCUGAACCAGUCGGACUCCCGCUUGGUGUUUUACCUCCAGCUCAGGCAUCCCCAGGGCCCAGCAUUUCCUCCAAACUUACAGGUGCAGGCGGCUGCUGGGCGCCCCAAAGAGCGCAGCCUCAAUGGCUCCCUGUCUGUGCACGUGUCUGGCGAGGAGCUGGUUCUGCUGGAGGCCAACACCAGCCAGGAUACCUGGAGAAGCAGCCGGGGCUGGGGUCUGAGCGUCCUUCUCCGCCAGGAGGUUCUCAGAGCCCCCAAGGCUGUUCAGCUGCAGCUGUCCGGCAAGGUCACCCCAGCCAGGAUUUGGCUGUUUUCCAAGGCUCUGGUGGACCGCAACGCAGUGCAGCUUUUCCUCAAGGCAACUGAAGAGCAGAAGCGAGGUCGCGUCCUGACCCUGCAGAGCCAAGCCCACCACACAGUGGCCGCCUGGGCAGCCGUGCCCCGUCUUCUGACCCUGAGGGGUGUGCUGAAGCAGAGGGAGAUGCUCAGAGAGGGUACCGUCAAGGUCACUGCCGACUCAGCUCUGCUGGGAUUCCUCCUGCGGGACAAGUAUGAGAAGGCAGGGAAUGGCACCAAUGUGCACAGUGUGACCUGCAUCCUCGCCCAGAAUGGCAGCCAGACCUUGCCAGGAGAGCUCCGGCUGAGGGGGCGACUGCAGGCCCAGACAGGGAGCCUUGGGGGCCAUGCCAGCAUCCGGGCUGACGCAGCCAGCCUAGCUCUGGGUGGGGUCUGCGCCUGGGGCCCUGAGCACAGCCAGCUCUCCGGCAGCCUGAGCCACGACCUCAGCACCUUGAGUGAAGCAGGAUUCCCCUCGGAGGCUGGGAUGCUCCUGUCACUCGCCCACACGGCUUCCAACGUCUCAGUGCAUGUGAUGUUGCAUAGUGCGGAGGGUCAGCUGGAUGCCGUCCUUGGCCAGGAGGGCCCGGCCACGAGUGCCCCCGGCAGCCAGCUCCGCGCAAGCCUUGGCCAUACGGUGCCCUGGCUCAGGCGCUGGGGCCUCCCCUUUUCCGUGGACGGCCGUGGGCACUUGCAGACCAUGGGACCCAGUCUGGUGGCCGGGCUGAUGGUGAGCAUGGAUGGCGAGGAGGAGCUUCCCGUGGCCCUGGAGAGAAGGGGAGCGCAUAACCCCCGGAGGCUGGUCCUUGGGCGGCAGCACGAUCUCUCGUGGUUCCAGGUCAGCUGCAGCCGAAACAUCUCGAUGGACCAGCUGUCAGGGCUCUGCUUGGGGGACAUGGCUAAGUGGCCUUUUGAGAAUCCGACUGUGCUGUCCUUGAACGGCUCCCUCCGGGUCCACACCUAUGGAGCCAGCCUGGCGGCUCGGGUAUCUUCUGGGAACACCUUCGCCCAGGCCCACGUCCACACGGCCGGCGGCCACCAUGCCUGCCUGGACACUGGUCUCCAGCACACGUGGCCUCCACUCGAGGCGCUGGGGGUUCCCCCCAACAACCACCUCCAAGUGUCCGUGGUGGGUGACGACCCACCCAGGGCUCAGCUGGAGGUGACCCUGGGCUCGUGUGCCCUAGCUGCCCACGGGGAUGUUCGGACUCAGGCCAACGCCACACACAACUGGACCCUGGACCUGGUGAAUCACUGUCCCCUGCUGGAGGCAGCAGGAGUCCCUCAGGCCCUGCACUCCGAGGGCAGCCUGAGCUGGGGCCCCUGUGAGUUCGACUUGGCUGCCGGCCUCCACAGUGACUAUGGAGAUGCCCACCUGCAGCUGGCCCGCAUCUCCGGGCCCCAGACCUCGGUCCUGGGGCACCUAACCCACUCCCUGCCCCUGCUGGGCCACCUGGGGCUGCCACCCAAGAACACCAUUAGCCUGAUGGCCCAGCCCGGCCCUGCCACCCUUGGCUCCCUGGCCCUCCAGAUGGGGCCGUGCCAGCUGCAGGGAACACUGGAGCAUCAUGCUGGGAACCGAAGCACAUGGAUGCUGGCCACCAAGCCGGGCUGCCCCCUGCUGGAGGGCCUGGGCCUCCCAGCAGGGACACAGCUCAGCGGCUCCCUGCAGGCCUCAGGUGGGGAAGCAGAGGCAUCAGGGGUCCUCACAGUGGCCAACCAGACCGCCUCCCUGACUUUGGCGGUGGCCUUGCCCCCAUCCGAGGCCACACUCCAAGCAAAGCUGAGGCACACACUGCCUGCCCUGCAUGCCAUCCCCCCAGAGACCUCGCUGGCUGUCCGGCUCAGGCGGGAGUCCGGGCACCUGCUGGGCCUGGAGCUGCGCGCAGGAACCUGCGAGCUUCGGGGCAGCGGUGAGCUGCAGCUGGGCCGCCAGUGGCAGUGGCGGGUGCUGGCCGAGAGCUCCUGCGAGGCCCUGCAGGCCCUGGGGGUCCCAGGCCAAGUGGAUGGUUCUGGCUACAUCAUGGUGAAUGCUAUGGCUGUGGAUGCCCAGGUGCUGGUUACUAUGGAUGCCAGCAUGCUACGGGGGCUGCUUGUCCUCAAGACCACCAAGACCCAGCAGGAAGUGAACUUGCUGCUCACACACAACCUGCCCCCGCCUGGCCCCUUGGCCCUCCCAUCCCGUAUCCUGCUGGACCUGACCACCGAGAGGCUCGGACCCAGCUAUAGACACGCCCUGAGGGUCGGAGUGGAUGGCAGACAGGUGUCGGAGGAGCUGACCUUCACUCAGCAUCCAGAGCACGUCUCCCUGGCCUGCACGCUCCAGCACAACAUCCCCGCACUGCGGACGCUGUGGGUGGAGGACAAGCUGGACCUGCAGGUCUCCAUGGAUGUUCAUGACAGUGGCUCUGGCUUUGAGAAUUCUGGACGCGUCUCGGCAGGUCCCGCAUCUCUGAACUACUCUGUGGACCUCUGUCACCGCAAUGGGCACCUACAGUUCUCUGGCUGGAGCGAGCACAACAGCCAGGCCCUGCUGCAGGUGGGCUUCCCAGGCGAGGCCCACAUCAGCGCUGCGCUGCAGACUGAAGAGACCCAGACCCAGGCCCGUGUAGUCCUGCAAGGUGGAGACGGUGGGGUCAGCGUGGAUGUGACAGCCCUGGUGGUCCAGCCAAUGGAUGGCCCCCUGGAGCUGAUGGUCAACACCAGCCACACGGCACCUGCUCUCCGGAGGCUGGGCCUGCCCUUCGCCAGCCAGCUCGUGUGCCGAGAGCUCUGGGCAGAGGGAGAGGUGAGCUUAUCCCUGCAGCUGACGUGCGAUUCUCAAGCCAGCCUGGUCCUCAACAUCCAUGGCCAGAACCGGGCACUCAGGAAAGAGCUGCAGCUGUCAGGCCAGCAUCACCUCCCCAUCCUCCUAGGCUGCUGCCCCAGCAGAGCCUCAGCCUCAGCCAAGCUGCGAUACUCGGAGGGUGGAGCCGAGAGCACGUUUGUCUUGAGGAUGGAGGAGCAUCAUUUCCACGUCGGCACCAGGCUCGUAGCUGCCAAGAACAGUCUUGCCAACAUCAUCAAGCUGGAACAGACCUUCCCCCAGCUCAGCGCCCUUCCUGGGGAGCUAGUCCUGCAGACCUCAUAUGAGCAAGCCCGUGGCACCCGUGUCCUGUACCACUCGGUGCAGUGGGACGGCCAGGAGGUGGCCUUCAAUGGGAGCCUCAACGGGAGCCUCUCCGGGCCUUUCCUCAAACCCACUGGGACUCUCGCCCUGCAGAUGGAGCUGACACACCCGCUGCCCCUCUCCCUGCCACAACACUGCAGCUUCCGCCUGGCCUCCGAGCACUCGCAACGCGGCCACCAGGAUGACCUGGUCAUGGGCUGGGAUGGCAAGAACCAGGUGGCGCUCUCCUCCUCUCUGCAGCUGGGGAAGGGCCAGCUGGCUGCCUGCCUGGCCCUGGCUCACCCCUUCAGCCUCUCCUGGCGGCGAGCUGAGGCCUGUGGCCGUGCGGUGAGCAGGGGCGGCAGGCAGAGCCGGCAGGUACAGCUCACGUGGGACAGAGGGCAGCCUGUGACCAUGCAGCUCACCUGGGCCGACAGGUCCUCAGCACACAGCACCACCCGGGAGGGUUGCCUGGUCGCCUCGCUGGGGCAGCAGCUCCAGGAAACCUGGGGCCUGGGCGCCCUCAGGGCCUGUGGGGCCUUAAUCCAGACCCCAGCCAGGUUCCACCAAUGGCUCCAUCUGUCCUGGGACCGAUGCCAGAUGCAGCAGAACCUGACGUAUGAGAGGCACCAGCCAUCUGGCCCAGACAAGAUCCUCGCUGAGGCCACGCUAGAGCACGCCAUGGCCUCCUGCACCACACAGAGGUUCCGGGGGGCCGUGGAGACGGACUACACCCGCUGGCUGCGCCACUCCCUGCACCUGGGGCUCUGCCACCUGCCCCAGGCCCUCUCAGUCUCCGGCGAGCACUCCCUGGGUGGCGGAGAGCUCCUGCUACAUUCCAGAUUCCAACUGGGCCUCGCCCCGGACCCAGAGCACGGCCUGCAACUCAGCCUGACCCUCCGCAACCACAGCAGGCCCCGGAUGCCUGACUUUUCCGGGGAGCUGGAGCUCUACGGCCCCAACGUUCAGCAGCUUAGCCUGCUAGGCAGGGUCUCCACCUCAGCUUCUCAAAGCUUGGUCCACCUGGAGGGAAAUGUGGACGACGGGGACGAGAAAGUGAGGUUGUCAGUGUCCCGGGCCCCAAACUGCCUCCAGGCCUCAGUGGCCCACGUGGAAGGGAGUCAAGAGGAGAGCAUGGUGCUGCGGGCGUGUGCCCACAGGACGAUGACCGAGGUGGCGGCCCUGCUCCAGGACAGUGGGCAGCCUGUCCAGCCCCUGGGACGCCUGACCCUGCAGGCCGCCAACCAGAGCCUCCGCUUGGCUGCACAUGGCUGCCAGGGGACCCUGCUGGGCCACGUGGAGUCCAGGGUGGUGGCUCUUGGGGCCCAGGUGCAAGCCCGGCUGGAGCAGAAGAUCCACGGCUUGGACGCCUAUGUCAGAAGGUUCCAGCGCCUGGUGCAGCCAGCAGGCGCCCUGGACAGCGCAACAGGCCCGCUGCGGCAGCUGUGCCAGGCUGGGCUGGGGGCCAUGCGGGAGAGCGGCCAGGCACUGGCUGCUCUGUGGUCCCAGAGCCAGGCCAGGGAGGCACUGACACAGCACCUGCUGCCGCACCUGGAGAGGCUGCAGGCGGGGCUGGAGCAGCUGCGGGAUGAGCUGGAGCGGCCCCUGGCCACCCUGAAGGAUGCCUACUUGGAGGUGACGCUGCGGCCCCUGGAUGAUGUGUGGCGGGAGCAGGCCGAGGAGGCUGCGCGGCAGCUGCAGGCCUGGGUGUCUGGGACGCCGGGGACCUGGGGAUCCAGGCCCAUUGGGACGGUGCUGGAGGCCACGUGGGGUGCCCUGGAGCUGGCCACCCCGCAGUUGCUGUCUUGGGCCGAAGCUGCGCUCUCCCGGGCACUGAAGAGGCUCUGCAAACCCUUGCUGGACCUGUACCGCUUCUCCACCAGGGAUCGCUCAGUGGUGGUGACACUGCCGCUGCUGCCUGCAGGGGAUGAGCCCCUGGAUGUGGCCCGAGUGAUCAGCCACCUGGUGGAGGAGACACUGCUGCGGCCGCUCCGAGAGCUUUACAGGACCAGCGUGCUGGCUGAGUACCACCAGCUCAGACACCGCCUGCUGGGGAGCCCCACUGGAUACCAUGCUGUGGUAGCUGGGGCCAGGCACCUGGUGACCUUCGACGGCCGGGUGUGGGGCCUGGGCGCCCGCUGCGGCAGCCUGCUGCUGGCCAAGGACUUCGCCCGGAACACGUUCUCACUGACAUUAAACCAGGCAGGCUCGGGGCUCACGUCCCUGACUGUGGAGCUGAAUCACACCGCCCUCGUCCUGUACCCUGGCCUGAAGACCUACAGGCUGUACGGCUCCUCCCCGCCUGGGGUGCGCUGUCUGGACCUGGAUCUGCCUCCUGCCGAGACCAGGAGGGACGUUUCCAGGAUCGAGCUGGACAAUGAGGACGGUGUCUCUGUCACCUGUGACGUCCAAGCCGGCCUCUGCAGCCUGACUCUGAGCAUCUGGCAGCACGGCCUGUCUGCCGGCCUCCUGGGCACCAACGAUAACGAGGCAGGCAACGAGCUGAUGCUGCCGGACGGCACGGUGGCUGGCAGCCUGGAGGAGUUCAGCCUGGCCUGGCAGGUGAGUGGUGACUGCGAGGCUGUGGAGAAGACACGACCCGCAUGCCCAGGACAGAGCCCCGCCUGCCAGGCCCUCUUCCAGGACCCCCGCUCCAGCCUGAGGAGCUGCUUCGGGGUGGUGGACCCCGCGCCCUUCCUUAGCCUGUGCAUCCAGGACCCCUGUGGCACCCAGGAGCACCCACCUGCCUGCAACCUGGCAGCCGCCUACAUCCACCUGUGUGCCCGGGGCUCCGUGCCCCUGGACCCUCCUCCACAGUGCGUUUGAGAAGUUGGCCGGAGCCAGCACCGGGCUGCCCAAGUUAUAGACUCCCUCGCUUUCUACCACAAUUCCCUCUCGUGUCGGCAAGGUCAAGAUUCUUGUCUGGGGCAGAACGACCAGCACAAAAACGCCAGGAAGCUCAAAGAAGCUCAGGAAAGAUACAGUUCCAGGAGAGCAAGCCUGUUAGUCAAUAAUUUCAAAAUACUUCCAGGGGUGAUAAAGCCCGCGCUGGUCUGCAUGAUUCUUCGCCUCCCCCAACAGCUGCACUGUGACUAAAACACAGCCUGGCCUGCUGGACCCACCUCUGGAGAGCAGACGCCAUUCCACCAACUGUUUUUUUUUUUGGUUUUUGGUGUGGUAUGGUUCAUUUUUCUGCACCUGAGAUAUGCAGAAGUUCCCAGGCCAUGGGUCAAACCUGUGCCACAGCAGUGGCCUGAUCCACAGUCAUGACAACACCAGAUCCUUAACCGCUAGGCCACCAGGGAACUCCCCAGCAACUAUUCCUGCCCCAGACAUUUACUCACUUGCUCAGCAGCUAUUUCCAAAGCUUCUGCUGUAUGAGCCAGGCGGCCUUGGGUCUUCCUAGAUUGCGACUGGCCGCCCCCGCCCUCUCCUGGGGUCUCCUGAGGCAUGAGGUCCUUUGAAGGGAACUGAUGGUCCCAAAUCCCGUUAAUCACAAGCCUGGGAGUUCCCAUUGUAGCUCAACAGGUUAAGAACCCUAUGUUGUCUCCUUGGGGACCUGGGUUCAACACCCGGCCUUGCUCACUGGGUUAAGGAUCUGGCACUGCUGUGAGAUGUGGUGUAGGCUCACAGAAGCAGCUCAGAUCUGGCGUGGCUGUGGCUGUGGCGUAGGCUGGAGGCUGUAGCUCCGAUUCCACCCCUCGCCUGGGAACUUCCACAUGCCAGAGGUGCAGCUGUUAAAAGAAAAAACUCCACAAGCCUGGUUAGGUGCUUCCCUCUUCCGGGUAGAUCCUGACUCUCUCUAGGGCUGAAUUCCAGGGGGCACUUGAGAAGGACCGUUUCCACCCACAUGUGCUCUGGGCACUUGGGCACUCUGAUUCCAAAGGAACAGCCUUCAAAGUUGUUCAUUUUCUUUGGGGGGAGGCUUUUCCCUUGAGUUUUCAACUGAAAAAACAAAGCUGGGAUCACCCAGCCCCGGGAGCCAUGGGGCGGGGCUUGGGUGGUUUUGAAACCUGCCCACCAGUAGGGGGCCCCAGAGCCCUCUCUCCACUGAGUCCUAGAGCCCAGGGUCCAGAGUUGAGGGUGAGGUGCCAGCCAGGAGGAGCCGGGCCACUAGGAGGCCAGACGCCAGACUCACUGCCCCUGGCCUCCCCACCCCCACGUAAAUCCCUGGCACACAGUAGGUGCUCUAUUAAGCGGAGAAGAGGGAAGAGAGACGGAGUUUUUAGGAGUGGAUGGAAAGAAGGAGCCGGUCCUGCUCAUUCCCACACUCUGCGGGGGCGGAUGGUACCUUGACUGAUUGACCUGCGCCGUGUUGCCAUGGUUACAACCCACGACCGGAAUCCGGGCACUGCUCUUGGAAAGAUGUUUGCUCUUUUCUCAGAUUUUAUAAUAACCCAGUGAGAACGGACGACCCUCAUGUAAUGGAGGCAGCAGCAGGCUCAGAGGCCACGGGACGCACCCAAGGUCACACACCAGACCGCCAGGCUGGCGCUGAUCUGGGCCCACCUGCCCCCAAAGCUGCCCACCCACAACCAUCUGUCUAUACUUUGGCAACAGCCUUGUGCCACACACAGUCACACUUACUGCACUUUGCAGAUGCUGCGUUGCAUUUUUUUGUUUCGUUCUGUUUUGUUUUUUCACAAAUUGAAGGUUUAGGACAACUCUGCCUGGAGGGAACCUAUCAGCACCACUUUCCAACUGCAUUGCUCAUUCGUGUCUCUGUGUCACAUGUUGGUAAUUUUCAUAAUAUUUCCAACAUUCUCAUUAUGAUUGCACAUGUUAUGGGGAUCUGUGAUAUUUGAUUGUUACUACAACUAGUUAGCAUUUUUUAGCAAUAAAAUAUUUCAUGAAGAU